UUGUUGUUCCUCACUCAUACACCUAUCGAUCACACAACCCUCUUCACCGAGUGGGGUCCUGACACUGCAGCGAAAAUGGGCACUGACGUUGCUGAGUACAAUGCGCAACUCACGCAAUCCGUAAGAACCUUCAAAUCCAAGCACCCAGACCUUGACACUGUCACUGGUUACUGCGAAGCUUACGAAAAUGGCACUCCCACUACCACUUACCAGGUUGAGGGUUGUGCACCCGUGUCGAACCACUUCUGGCUUAACGGUCUGCACCCACUGUUCACUGUUCACAAUAUUUUGGCAAAGGGGAUCUCCACUGCCCUUAGUGGUUAUCCUGCCACGCAGACCGCCACCUAA